GAGAAUCCUGAGCUGGAUUGGGUUGGUAAGGCAAGGAAGAUACCACUGAGGCGGUGUUUGAGGAAGAAAGAGUGUGGAGUAGAGAAGAUGCAGGGGUCCCCUUGGGGGUGGCCCCCUUGGGCGGCGCUCCUUGGGGUGGCCUCAUUGGGCGCUGGCGUCUUGGUCUCCCUUUGGGCUUGGCCUGGUUGA